GGACUGUGCUAUCAAAAAAAGUACGCAGCAAGUUUAGCAAAUUGAAUGCACCAAUCGUGCGGCGAUGACAUUGGCAAAAAGUUGUUAGCAGUCGUGAAAAACAGAAGAACAUUCUAGUCUGUGAAUCUUUCAUCGGCCGGAAGCCUAUUCAGUGAUUCGUGAUAACAUCUCCAACAUUUUCUCAGCACAUUUUACAUUAGCCGACUGCAAAGGCUGACCGCAACGAAAAGCAAUGGCAUGUCCAAUUGAUCCCUCAGAGCUGAAGAAGCUCAAGAUAUUCGUUGAUUUAUGCGCCGCCCAACCACAGAUACUCAAUCUACCUCAACUGGAUUUUUUGAAACAGUUCGUGGAGAAGCUGGGCGGAAAGAUACCGGAAGGAACGCCAGACUUUGGUGGGGCCGACAAACCAAAGCACGCUGAAACUGAAACGAAAGCAGAGGAGCCUGCGAAGAAGGAAGACUCCGAACCAGAAUCGGAUGUUGAGCUGGAUAUGGAAGGCUGCGUUGAGCCGGAUGAUGUGACGGAGCAUCCGAUGGGAGAUAUGGACAAGGAACCCAGCGAAGAUGACCUCGAUAAAGCCAAUGAGUUCCGUGCACAAGCGGCAGCAGCUUAUUCUGAACAAAACUAUGAGGAUGCUGUUAAGUUCUUUACCGAAGCAAUUCUCCUCAAUCCAAAAAGUGCACUAUAUUAUGCCAAACGUGGUCAGGCUUAUUUGAAGCUAGUCAAGCCGAACGCCUGUAUCCAGGAUUGCAACCGAGCCCUGGAGAUGAAUCCAGAUUCUGCAUCCGCUUAUAAAUUCCGUGGAAGAGCUCAUCGUUUGCUGGGCAAAUGGGAAGAGGCUGCCAAAGAUCUUCGUCAAGCGGGCAAAUUAGAUUUCGACGAAGAAAUUGACGAAUGGCUGAAGGAAGUGACUCCAAAUGCGAAAAAGAUUGAGCAACAUAAGUUAAAGCAGGAACGUCGCCGUCUGGAGAAAGAGCUUCGCGAACGACAGGAACGCGUUCGCAAGGCACAGGAAGCCAACAAGAAGGCGGCGGAGGAAAAUGCUCGCGGUGAGAACGCGGGAGACUUCGGGGACUUCAUGGGUGGCGGCGGCGGCGGUGGUCUUGGUGGCACGGAAGAUAUCCUCAAUGCCUUCAAGGAUCCUGAGGUAGCGGCCGCCCUUCAGGAUAUUAUGUCGAAUCCGGCGAACAUUGGCAAAUACCAAAACAAUCCGAAAGUGAUGAAUAUCGUCACCAAAAUUGCAUCUCAGGCGCAGUCUGGCUUUGGAGGUUUCCCUGGAGGGUUUCCAGGUGCCCCAGGUGGUGGUGCUGGCGGAUUCCCUGGUGGUUUUCCUGGAGGCUUCCCGGGAGCUGGGGCAGGAGGAUUUCCAGGAUUUGGGGGUGGUUCGCCUGGAACUGGGGGCAGUAAGAGUACUGAUGAUUUAGAUUAGGAUUGCGCCGCUGCAUUUUGAUUUGAGUUUAGUGUACUAAUGAUUAUGGCUUUUAAAUUGAUUUGAAGCGAAGCUAAGUUGAAGUUGAAGCAGAUAUAACUAUAAAUAUAAAAAUCUAUAUUGUUCAUCAAAUAGCUUUCCAGUGCAUAAUUAUUCCGAACAAUAACCUAUCAGUUCAAAUAUAAUAUGAAUAAAUAUGAAUAACGUUCUUAAAGAA